AUGGGCUUGCGGGCCGUCACAUUCUGCGACCUUGUGACCGAUCUGAUACAACGACUACUUGACACUAGCACAAAAACCAAUGUCAUUGUCUGUGGUACUAGAUCAGAAUUUCUGGUGCAAUUAUCAGCGGCUAUUCGUUUACAGCGGUCUGAACCAGAUGUUCCACCGCGCAUGGAUCUGCUCACUAAGAGCAUCGGUCUUCUUGCACAUUCAAGCAAGAUCAGGCUUACAUUCUGUCCAUCUCUAGAGAGUCUAAGAGCCUAUCUUGCCAUAAUGGGUCCUAUUGCUGUGGGCAACACAGAAUCAGAGAGCGAUUCGAGUCCACGGCCAUUACUUGCAAUCCUGGAUCUUGUAGCUUUACAUGCUACGACAACGGAGUAUGCGGCUCAAGGGCUGUCGAGAACUUUUGCUGCUGCUGUCGAGGCAGCCUCGCGAGCAGAAAUGGAUUUGCUUCUCUGUGAAUGUGUCAAUGCCGUAAAUCCUUCCAGUGCCGACUGGGGAGGACGAUUAUGGGAUACGCAAAUUCCCCUGUUGAACGGUUCAGUGCGGAUUCGUGAUGAAGGAAGUUGGGGCGGGCAUGGUGUUUCCGUCAAACAAGUCGCCCAACGAUGGUUCACUUUUGAUGAGGAGAGUGGGAUCUGA